CGCAGACACAUUCAUGAUUUGAAGCAUCAUCACACACAUCUAUUUUUGCACACAACACGGUCUAAAAAGGAUACAAAAGAAACAACGAGGCAAUGACAACCCCAUUUCGAUCGCAGAGGCUCGUUCAGCGUCUCUCGCUUUCCGGAACGUCCAGACCAACAACGACAAGACUCCAACCGUUCCCCUCUUCAGUAUCUACGAACCAAAGGGCUCCUACACCUAGCACUCAGUGUCAAUAUAGAUGGAGCAGCACAAUUCCCACUCGACCAGGUCAAACCCCUCUUCACCCGCAACAAACCCGUCACUACGCCUCUGAAUCAACCACCGGAAACACCCCGGAUAUCACAAACUACUACACCAUUUUCCCCCAGACCAUUCCAUCAGGCCCUCCACCUGCCUCUCCCUUCGAUAUUCCACUAGGCGAUCUCCGUCGUGAAUUCCUUCAACUUCAAAAUGUCACCCAUCCCGAUAAGUACCCCACCGGCGCGGCCAAGCAGCGCGCCGAGGCCCUCUCCGCCCGCAUCAACGAAGCAUACCGCACUCUCUUCGACCCGCUGAAUCGCGCGCAGUAUCUCCUUCGGGAACUACAUGGGAUUGACGUGACGGCAGAGGACGGGGCAGCCAAACAUGCUCUCGACCCCGAGACAUUGAUGGAGGUGAUGGAGGUACAAGAGACGAUUGAGGAGGUGGGGGCAGAGCCCGAGGGAGGGGAGACGAUUGCAAAGAUGAAGAAAGAGAAUGAGGUGAGGGUUACUGAGUGUGUGAAGGCUUUGGGAGAGGCGUUUAAUAGUGGAGAUAUCGAGGCUGCGCGACGGGAGUGUGUACGGUUGAGGUUUUGGUAUAGUGUUGGAGAGGGAUUGAAGGAGUGGGAACCUGGGAUGAUUGAGAUUCGACUAGUUCAUUAACGAGUUUUGAUAGAUAUAUUAGCUGGUCAUGGUUUGUAGGCCAGGAUAUAUGCUUGCAUCUUGGAUAGCUGUAUAUAUGUUUGGUCUCAUAGAGAACAUGUUAGAAUAGAACGAUAUAUUGUACCAAUAAAAGUCUCCUGUCUGAUAUAAUCCAGUCCGCGUAUAUCAAAGCAAGGCGCAUA